AUGCUCACAUGCAUUGAGUUUGACAAGCAAAUACCAGAAGUUGGGUCUAUAGUGGAUAGAGAACUUGAAGACAAGGGAGGCUAUCAGAGACUAGUUGGAAGGUUGUUAUACUUAACCAUGACAAGGCCUGACAUUGCCUUUGGAGUUCAAGUGCUAAGUCAGUAUAUGCAUGCACCUAAGGUGUCUCACAUGGAAGCUGCUCAAAGAGUAGUGAGAUACAUAAAAACUGCCCCUGGACUUGGACUGUUUAUGUCUGCAAAAGCAAGCAAAUCUCUAGUUGUGUCCAGGAGCUCUGCUGAAGCUGAAUUUCGAAGUAUGGCCUCUAUUGUAGCUGAAGUGAUGUGGAUAACAGGACUUUUUAAGGAGUUGGUAACUGAACUAGUUCAGCCUAUACAGUUGCAUUGUGACAGUAAGGCUGCUAUACAAAUUGCAACUCAUCCUAUCUUCCAUGCACGAACCAAGCACAUUGACAUUGAUUGUCAUUUUGAGCAAUACCAACAGAUUUUGCAUUUGCAAAACAAGGAUAAGGAAGUUGAACAAGUUGUCAAUGAUGUCACUGCAGGAACAACAGAGAAGUAUGAUGAAAUACCAGAAAAUGCUAGGAGUAAAGUUUAUUUACCAACAGGAGAACAAGUGUCUACUACUCAUACUGGUAUUGGUUCUUUCUUCAAAAAUAAGAGGGAACUCUCAAGUGGGAAGGUGUUGGGGAUUGGUAAGGGAGAGUUGGGUAUGUAUAUUCUCAAGGAAGAAGACAGAGCAAUACUUCAUCACCAAGGAACUCAUUCCAAUUCACAUACCAUUCCAGGUGACACCAACAAAUGUAGUAAUCUAGCAAAUAGUAAGGCUUGUGAUGUAUCUUCUUUGUGGCAUCAAAUAUUAGGACAUGCUCCUUUAAAGGUUUUGAGAUCUGUAGAUGCUUUACAUAAUAUGCAACUGAAGGAACAUCAUUGUACUGUGUGUCCUAUUGCUAAGCAAUCAAGAUUACCUUUCCCUACUAGCUCUCCUUGCUCUAAUUAUAUCUUUGAUAUUGUGCAUGAUACAGUUGAGGUAAUCAAAAGCUUUAUAGCAGUGGUUUCAACACAGUUUGAUCACAAACUCAAAUGUCUAAGAACAGACAAUGGCACAGAGUUCUUUAAUGACCAAAUGAAGAAGGGAGACAAAUUCUGUCCCAAAGCAAUUCCAGUUGUUCACAUGGGGGACAUAAUGUACAAAGAAGAAGUGUUCCCUUUUAAGCAUAUGACUUCUGGUGCUUCUCCGUUAUUUCUUGUCUUAGAGUUUGUAGAACAACCUCCACAACCAGUUGUUGACCUUGAUGAUGUUGAGUAUCCUGCAACCUCACCUAGCCAGUAUUCUGCAGCUUCACCUAGCCAACACUCUACUGAUUCUUUUUGCUUCAUCUCAGCUCCUCUAGAUCUUGGCCAGCCUAUUCUAUCUUCACCAAUCUCUACUCAUGUCGCAGUUGGUGAACCUUCUGUUCCUUCUAUAGCACUCAGAAAAUCAUCAAGGACUACCAAACCAGCUGUGUGGCUAGCUGAUUAUGUGGUUCCACCAGCUAAGUCUGCAUAUCCUAUAUCAAACUAUGUGGCCUAUUAUAAGCUGUCCUCUGCCUAUAGAGCUUCUCUUGCUGCAUUUUCAGCUAUUGUGGAACCCUAA